AUGAGUGCACCAUCAUCCCUCCUCUUUCCCGCAGCUAUGGAAGAUCCUUUUGCAGACACGAUGGAGAUGGCGUCUCCGUUUGCGGGCCAUGUGGACGACUUUGAGAUUGACAUUGAUAUUAUGGAUGACCAACCUGGAAAUGUGGACAACGACUUUGAUCUUCAGGAUGCUUCUCCUGCAAACGCGACAGGGGAAGCACUGCCUGAUGCCGAUAUGAUGGACGACGUACCAGAGGUCGCUGUUACCGAUACAUCGCACCAUGAGACGCAGCCGCACAUGCAAAGCAAUGACACAUUCUAUCCCGCCCAAGAGACAUAUGAGUCAGAAAUGGCGGAUGAAGAGUAUGAGGAAGACGGCGAUGCCUCUAUUGCAGACACCGAGACUCUGCCUGUCGAGAUUGCACCCGCUGAAAAUGAUCCGGCAGGGCUGGUUGAACCAUCCAAACCGGCAGAGGAUCAGACAGAUACGAACCUGGUAAACGACUCAAAGACCGAGGAGGUUGGUGAACAAAUAUCCACCACUGCACAAGAAUCAGAUGUACAACGUGAAGAAUUAUACCCUCAACAGCCGACUGGAGAAGAUGAUGAAGAAGAAAAAGAAGAAGAACGUAAUCUAGAGGGCCAGCCGGAUACAAAAAAUGAUGUCGCCGAAACAGAGCAAGUUAAUGCCGAUAUUACAACGGACGAAAAAGAAGCAGAAUCUCAUUCCCCGGAUCAUCCAGACAACAUUGCAGAUGCCACGGAACAAGAUCAUCUGACAGACCAGCCCCACGAAGCAGCCCUAGAACCUUCAGAAGAGAAACAGGCUUCGGACGUCAAGGACACCAGUGCUAUUCUGCAUUCGGUCAAAGUUCUAUACCAAGGCAGCGAAAUUUCGAUGUUCCCUCCUCGUGAGGGUGACGCCUCCGAGACCUAUUUCCUUCAGGACGAAGGCCUAGCGUAUGAAACCGUCGAUCACCUUUUCAAAGAAUGUCGCACUAUUCUUGGAGAACAUGCCUCUGAUUCAGACUCUUUGGUAUUCGAUAUAGAUUCCUUAGGAAUACAACUAAGCGAGGAUAAUAUUUUUAACCCCAAAGUGACACUAUCCCAACUCGUAGAUGUCUAUGUGCACCUCUGCCGAAACGAAGGUGUCGAAAAACCAGAACCUCUAUAUCUCACCCUUACCACAAGACCAAAUCUAUCCACUGAACUUUCCACUCUGUUGAACACGGCAGCGGAGGGCAAAGGAAUAUCAGAGAUUCAGACGUGGGAAGAGGAGUAUGAACAGGAAGAUGCAGAAAAUGCCGAGGAUCCCGACCAUCCAUUACCGUCUGAGUCGCACGUCGAAAAGCACGAGGAUGUUGAGCAUGAUGACCAAGUUCACAUCGAGGCUGAGGCCUCUUCAGCAAGUAUUCGGCAGCCAGACGAUGAAAACGAUGGGCAGUAUCGUGAAGAAGAGGAAGAAGGAGAGAAUGAAGACGUUGAUGUGGCCCUUCCUAACCAAAGAGUACCGACAAAUUCGGAAUUAACUGGUCUCGAGGAGAACUCUAAGGCUGAGGCGGAUGCACUUGAAAGCGGUGCCGCCGAAUACGAAUCAGUGGCACCUGAGGGUCAUAGUAACACUCAGUACGACUUUGAAAGACAUAGUGACUCUAGUGAGACUUUGACACAAGCCCCAUUGGUUCAGUCUGAAGAUCAACAGCCUGAGGACUCGGCGAGUCAUCAGCAAGUCUACGAUGAUGUAGAUCAUACAAGAUUCGAAGACUAUGAAAACGAGGGCUUGACCUUUGGUGGAGAAGCGGCAGAAAAUACAGGCCAGGACAUCCGAGAAAAUGAUGAGGCCGAUCCGGACGAAGACCUACGCUCAAAUGCUGUGGAGGUAAAUAACACCGAUGCCACUGGCGAGGUGGAUGAUCAAGAGAAUGCAGCUACUGAGGUCUACGAGGGUUACACCGGCGAAGAUAAUUUUGAGGAAGAUGCCGGUGAAGAGGAAAAUCACCAAGAGGUUGAUGAAGAAUACUACGAGGAUGAGGAAUAUUACGCAGAGGAGCAUCAAGGCACGAAUAACGAAUCUGGAAUUCAACCCGGCCAGGUCGAUGGCCAGGACGUCCCAGUAGAGCCCAGUGAGGCCGAACCUAGCUCUUUGGAUGCUUUGGGUGAAGACGAUGGGCUACCAGAUGACUCUCUCGGUGCCUCCGAGACACGGGAAACAGAAAUCGAAGCCCAUGACAAGAGUACCGGACUGACUGCAGAGCUCACAGAUGACCUGCUGGGCUUGGAAGAAGAUAUAUUUGCCGAAGCCGAAGACCCCGGGCAGCCCGCUAAGGACGAGCAUCCUAGUGGAAAUGGCCAAGACGACGCACAUGAAAACGAUAUCGAUGUGAUCGACUUUGAAGCCUUUGACGAAGCGGGCGAGACCGAAGUCGCCACAGACGGCGGUUCUGCGAAUACUCCGCUGCAGCGUCAAAACAGCAGCACUGGGAAGCGAUCUCGUGGACCAGAAGAUGAAGAGUCCGAGUCUGUCGAAACGUCCACGCCAGAUGCAAAACGGUCUCGAUCCUCCUGA